AUGCCAUCAUUGCUUGACCACAUGUUCCCACGACGAAGACAAGGCACCAUUCAAUACUCUGCUUCAUUAGUGUGUCGUCAAUGGCAUCGAGUUGCCCAGCCCUUUAUCAAAAGAACUAUUCGCAUUUCAAUUGUACUUCUCAAUCAAAAAUUACUAUCCAAGGAACAGAAACAAAAUGCAUUUUGGAAAAGCCAUCAUCAUGACCAACAGCAAAAACUACAGCAAUCUUUAUCUCAAGGGUUACAGCUAAUUCCCCAUACCCUCAUCUACGAAGCAGGGCUAUUUCCCAGAUCUGAUGAAAAGGAACUUCCUCCUGAAUACGAAAAAAAAGCAUGGUCCAUCCUUUCUAAUGCUUUAAUACCUCUUGUGUACAGUAGCAACAACCCCAUCAAUGGUCUCGACGGCAACUUCAAUGGUUUUAGAAUCCGACAGCUCAUCCUCAAUGUUGAACAUAAUGCCGCUGUCUGGUCUCGUCUGAUGCCACUCCUAGAAAUGCUUGGCCCCAAUGGACUUGUAAGCCUGCAGUUAGAAAAUAUUUGCUUUGCCUCUACCAUCCCUGUCGAAAGGAUUAUGGAGUAUUGCACUUACCUUCAGAAUAUACGUGUCGCGUCAAGUGCACCCCCAACCAAGGAUUUGGUAUCUCGGUUGAAAGAGCCAUAUGAAAGCGACACAGUCCCGUAUACCUUUGCGUCGUUAAAAUCUUUCAAUCCAUUACACAUUUUCUCAUCUUUAACCACAACGGCUACAAUUAAUACCAAUACUAACACCGACAUGACCGAAAGUAUUGAGACCAUCCCUCCUUCAGCUAAGCGUUGGCAUCUGCAAUCUGUUAGCCUUCAUGUCUUUGAAGCACCCAACUCAAGAUAUGACGAGCGUGAUGAUGCUGAAGAGGUUGCGCCCAUCUCACUAUUCCCUCAAGUAGAGCAUUGGGGUAUCUCAACGCUGGGGAUGCUUUGGGCACGUCAAGCUCCUGCUCACGUUCUUUUAGCUAGACAUAGGAUUGAGAAUCGAUUGACAUCAGUCGAAAUUUCAUUAUCUUACAGUCAUGGUUAUUCUGUGAAUGAGGGGAACGUUGGAGCUCUAGUUCACCAGUUCUUAUGCCAAAGUCCACAAUUACUACAUUUUAAGGCUUCAGACGUUUGGAUUCCCUUGGAAUUGCUCUUCGUCACUAAAGCUCUGUCUAUGAAGAUAAACCAUGGUCACCCUCGUAGGUAUAACUAUCAAAACAAUAGAGGAAAUCAUAAUAAUGAAAAUAUCUGGGCCUGUCGAGAGCUCAGGACUCUUCAUUUCCGGACCGAGGAAUCAUAUGAUGCUGGGAUAAGGGAUUAUUUUGAUGAACAGGCGCGAGUAGUUUUUGGAUAUAUCAGCCGUGUGUGUCCUCGUCUUGAAGAUCUAUCGUUUUACUCGAAAAAUAUGAUCUAUCGACCGCCUGUCAGUCUGUGUUUAUUAUCGCGGCUACAGUAUUUGAGAACAUUGCAGUUGAUGUGUAUUCAUCAAUUGGAUGAAGAGGACAUCGAUUGGAUAAAGCAUUAUUAUUAUUAUAAGACUCAGUCAAGUGGGGAGGGAGCAGAGGAAGGCCGAGCCGUGUCUAUUGACCCGGAUUUUCAGGAAUUUGAGCAACACCAGCGGCAGCAACAAGAGAGCAAAACUUUGCCUAUAUCUACUAGUAAGGUAUCACUCGAUAGCGGAAACAACGCCAACAGUAGUGGUGAGAGUAGUAGCAACAAAAGUGGUAGUACCAAUGGGGUUUGUAUUGCAGAACAAAUGUUCAUCAAAACAUUGUCGCUUGGUGUCGCUCAGGUUAAUUCAAGUCAGGAUCAUGAUGUGAUCCAUAAGGAGCCCAAGAUGGGUGCUGAGGCUGAGAUCGAGAUGAUUGGUGGUGUAGAUAUGACCCAUCUUGGCCAAGUACAAGACCUAAUCAACUAUUUCAAUGAUCGGCGUUGCAACAGAGAUGAAUGUCUAUGGUCUUAUUUGGAAACGCUUUCUAUACGAUUCACGGCGCCUUCACAUCAUCGUAAUAAGGAUAAGCAAAGACGGAGCGGCAAUGAUACUAAUGUUGAUGAUAAUAACACGCCAUCUCAACGUGGGCGCCAACUACGUGAUGUCAUCAAGAAGUUUCGACCCGAAUUAAGCGUCUCCUGUAAUCCAGUGCUUGGUUAUGUACUUUGA